GAUAAAUGAUAGAUGAAGGAGGAGAGAGAGCUGAGGAUGCAGGUUUGGUACACAAUCAUCCAUCGAAUCGUCUCGUAACAUCGCCAACUUCCACUAGCCCUCCGCUGCGGAGGAGAUGUAUUCCCAAAAGGACUGAAUCAUACAUCUCUUCAAAGGAGCAUCCCGCACACAGAAUUCACUUCGACAGGCACCUUGAUACAAGCUAGAAAUGAUGAUUGGAUCUCUCACACAUGGGACAGCAGUUGUAUUGAUAUUACUAAAAGCACUGUUUCUUGCGACACACGCCACAGAGGAUGAGAUCUUCACAAAUCAUCUCUUGGUUCAGUUGCAUGAAGGUGCACAUGAUGAAGCGCACCAACUUGCAACAGAGCACGGGUUUCAUAGUGCCCGGAAGCUUCCCUUUGGAGAGGGUCUUUUUCACUUCUACCCCCAGAACACCCAUCAGAGGAGGAGCAAACGCAGCCUUCGCCACAGACAGCACCUGGAGAAGGACCGCAGGGUAAAGAAUGUGUUGGACCAAGAGGGUUUCGGCCGACAGAAGAGAGGGUACAGAAGCAUUGAUGAAAUUUAUAUCAAAAUGACCGACCCCCUAUUCAGCAAACAGUGGUAUCUGAUCAACACUGGCCAGGCUGAUGGGACCCCCGGACUCGACCUGAAUGUGGCUGAGGCUUGGGGACUGGGUUACACCGGGAGAGGCAUCACCAUAGCUAUCAUGGACGAUGGGAUCGAUUAUCUCCACCCAGAUCUUGCAUCAAACUACAAUGCAGAGGCCAGCUUUGACUUCAGCAGCAAUGACCCAUACCCAUAUCCCCGCUACACGAAUGACUGGUUUAACAGUCAUGGAACAAGGUGUGCUGGUGAGGUGUCUGCAGCAGCCAACAACAACAUCUGCGGAGUGGGAGUGGCCUACAACUCUAAGGUGGCAGGUAUCCGUAUGCUGGACCAACCCUUCAUGACAGACAUCAUCGAGGCAUCAUCCAUCAGCCAUAUGCCCCAGGUCAUUGACAUCUACAGUGCUAGUUGGGGUCCCACCGAUGACGGCAAGACAGUAGACGGACCCAGAGAGCUCACUUUGCAAGCCAUGGCUGAUGGAGUCAACAAGGGCCGAGGAAGGAAAGGCAGUAUCUACGUAUGGGCCUCUGGAGACGGUGGUAGCUAUGAUGACUGUAACUGCGAUGGUUAUGCCUCCAGCAUGUGGACCAUCUCCAUCAACUCAGCCAUCAACGACGGCCGCACGGCCCUGUAUGACGAGAGCUGCUCCUCCACCCUCGCAUCCACCUUCAGCAACGGACGCAAGAGGAACCCUGAGGCUGGCGUGGCCACCACGGACCUGUAUGGAAACUGCACCCUGCGCCACUCUGGAACAUCAGCAGCAGCUCCUGAAGCAGCCGGAGUGUUUGCCUUGGCGUUAGAGGCCAAUCCUAACCUGACAUGGAGGGACAUGCAGCACCUGUCCGUGCUGACCUCCAAGAGAAACCAGCUACAUGACGAGGUGCACCAGUGGCGGAGGAACGGCGUGGGCCUGGAAUUCAACCACCUGUUUGGUUACGGUGUGCUGGACGCUGGCGGCAUGGUCAAGAUGGCCAAGGAGUGGAAGACUGUCCCUGAGCGUUUUCACUGCGUGGCUGGAUCAUUGCAGGAUGUCCAUAAGAUCCAAUCGGGUGGCAAGCUGAUCCUGACCAUCUCCACUGACUCCUGCCAGGGGAAGGACAACUUUGUCCGCUACCUGGAGCACGUUCAGGCUGUGGUCACAGUCAAUGGUAGUCGCCGUGGCGACCUCAACAUCAACAUGACCUCCCCCAUGGGCACCAAGUCCAUCCUGCUGAGCUGCCGGCCCCGGGACGACGACGCCAAGGUGGGCUUUGACAAGUGGCCCUUUAUGACCACACACACCUGGGGAGAGGACCCCCGCGGGACCUGGGUCCUGGAGGUGGGCUUCCAGGGAGACGAGCCACAGAGAGGGGCCCUGAAGGAGUGGACCCUCAUGCUCCAUGGAACACAAAGUGCCCCUUACAUAGACCAGAUAGUGCGCAACUACCAGUCCAAACUAGCCAUGUCAAAAAAGGAGGAGCUGGAGGAAGAGCUGGACGAGGCAGUGGAAAGGAGUCUGAAAAGUCUGCUGAGUAAAAACUAGCUGACGUAGCUAACUAAACACCGCCUGGUCAGGUCUGCAUGCCGGGCCGGUCUCGCUCUGUACUUCUCUCCUAUCUUUCUCUCACUUCUCCUCUCUUUCUUUCUCGCACUUUCCACUUCUCUCACUUUCUCUGCCCCUUCUCGCUUUAUCUUGCCCUCUCUCACACUUUCUCUCCCGACUCCCUUUCUCUCCUCUCUCAUUUUCUUUCUUUCCUCCCCUCCCACCCUUUUCUCUGCUUUUUGUUUUUCUGUGUUUAUAUUAGCCAUCUACUUCCAAUUAAUGUUUCUUGUAAUCCGAUGUUGAUGAUAAAAGUGUAACCUUAAAAUAAUCUGUUCUAUAGAGAAAACAAAAAACUAUAGAGAAAACUUUCGGUCUGUUUUUUUACACAUGACAAAAAUGUAUAUGAACAUAAUGCAUCCCACUAUAUGGUGUUCUUGCUUUCCCCCACACCUCCACUUCUGGUGAACCAACUGUUGUACAGUUUGUGACUGUAAAUUAUUUUCAGUGUCAUUCUACUUAAAGUUUAAUAUCUUGCAAACAGAGGAGUGAUACUUCUUUCCGUUUAUAUUCUUGUGACAAGCAACUGUUUCUAUAUAAACAAGGCAAGGAUCGAGU